CAUCCAUUCCGCAGCGCAACAGUGUAGCACAAACCAUGGCCGAUAUCGAAAACACGGCCAAGCUGCGGAGAUAAACAUGAUUGAAUAAACGCGAACAGACAAAAACGGCCAGACAAAUGAGCCCACAGAAGUGAUUUAAAUAGUGUGUGAAUGUGUACGUGAGUGUGUGUGUCUUGCAGUGCGAUAAACGAUUCUUCUGGCAGGUUGCAGAAAUCGACCAGAAUGUUGCAGUUUCUAAAGAAGACAGGUCGAAGAAAAUCCAUCACAACCGGUAGUGACUCUUCUUCGCUAGCAACACUAAACAAUGAUGGAUCGGCGACGGCGGCGGCGGCGGCAUCAUCAUCGUUCAGAACGUCGGAUGAUGUCAUCAACGGUGCAAAACCACCUGAAAGCGAUGAGGAAGCGUUAAGGCUGGCAGAACGAUACUGCUUCGAGCGAAAGGAUGCUGACACGGUGCGCGUUUCGAAGCUUUCGCGCCGUAUGGUUGAUAUUCUGGCGGAACAAAGCUGCAUCUGCUACUUUGUGCAGUUUCUGGAAUCGAAGAAUGCUCUUUCGCUGAUUAAGUUUUGGCUCGAAGUGGAAAGCUUCAAAGCGGCAGCAUCCGGCGAAGGCGUGCGUGGAGUGUCCAGACCGUCCGGUGGCUCCGGCCACGGUCAUGGUAGACUGCACCGGAGCGUGUCCUCCGACGGGUACGACAGUCUGUCGUAUUUCAGCGUAGACUGUGAUUCGCUAUCGACGAACUCGUUCUCUGAAAAUGCCUUCGAAGACUCCCAGUCAGCGGACGAUAUACGGGAACUCGAUUCGCGGACGUCUCAAAGCUGUACACCCGUACCUCCGCCGACCCCGCUCGAGGUGCUGGAGGAGGUCGACAUUAAAGAUGACGGUACCGUCACCGAUGAAGAUGGUGCCUCCGUACCGGAAGAGGGUCAUCAUGAAACCAAGGAUGGUAAGAACCCGGAAGGCAAACAUUUGGAAGUCUGUGAUAUAACGAUCAUGCGACAGUCGCUAACCGACGACGAGAAGACACAAAUCUGCGAAGCGGGCAAGGGCACAACAUUGGAGUCGACGGUUGCACCUGCCAAGAGCAACCACGCGCUGACACCGUCGGCGGCGGCGGCGGCGGCGGCACAGCGACCCUUCAACUCGCUGAUAAACUCGGACGCCGUACGAAUAUACCGAAAGUAUUUGGUGUCCGCUUCGCCCCACUUUAUCGAAAUGCCGGCCACCAUACUGUCCACCAUCUCGCUGGCGCUUUGCAGUACCGGCACCUGCAGCGAGGUCAUUUUCAACGAAGCCCAACACUUCCUGCUGGACAUGUUGGAGCAAAGCUACCUGAACCCGUUUCUGGAGAGCUCCUUCUACUGCAAGUACACGCUGGAGGUGCUGACGAGCGAGAAUCUGACGCUGCGCGACAUUCUAGGCAGCGAAAUGGCCCUGUUCUACUUUAUGGAGCAUCUGGAGCAGCAGGGCAAGCGGCACUAUCUGGAGUUUUACGUCGGAGCGGUCAACUUUAAGCGCUCCUUCGAGAGCCAGCUCCAGGCGCAGAAGGAUGCGGUCGUGCUGUAUGAGAAAUACUUUUCCCUGCAAGCCACCAGUUCGCUGGGCUUGAGCGACAAGAUACGCUUCCUGCUCGAGGAGCACAUCUGCUCGUCGGAUCUGACCAGUGUGGCCGAAUGCUUUGAGCUUCCGGUGCGAAUAAUUGAGCACUUUCUGGAGCAGCGCUACUUUGCCGGAUUCAUCAAGUCGCCGCUUUACUGUCGAUUCCUGAGCGAGCUGCUCGGGAAGGUGAAGACAAACACGAACAAUGACAUCAUCGGUGGAAUACUACCCGGUGGCCGUGGGACGGAGCAACGAAACGGUGGUGGCAGCGCUGCCGGUAAGCGUGGCCAUCGCAAAACGCUCUCGGACGUCACGAGUGAUAGUAGCGCAGGAGUGGGCCGUCGCGGAAACACGGUCGGGUUUAUUUCCUCCCAAAACACGCUGCUGGCCAUGUCGGACACAAACUACCAGCGCAACCGCAAGCACUUGGUAGCGGUGGCACUGGCGGCCGCCGCCAGCAAUGGUCCGGCCGGUGCCGCCGGCAUGGCCGGCAGUACCGGGAGCGGUGAUAUCAUGCAGAUCGACUCCCGCCAGCUGUACAAUCCGGAUCUGCUGUGGCGACGCACCUCGCCCGUGUCGGGCCUUACGUUCGGACGGAUCGACGCACUGGGACGGUACGAGCGGGAUUUUGACAUCGUCGAGCCACCGUCCAGCGAUGACCGGUGGAAUCGUAACCGGAUCAAGAAAGCGGUUCGCAAACUCGUCAACCUACCGGAGGACAAGGCACAGGAAGAGCUCGCCUGGCAGGUGGCCGAGAUGAUUGUGAAAGACAUUACUAACGUUACCAUGAACAGUAAGACGUGAUUGAAAACUGAUUCUCUCUCUCUCUAUGAGAUUGGCGAUCUGCGGCGGUUGGCGCAUUUUGCAUCAAAAUCCAAAUGAUAUUGGAUGGUGUGUUUUUUUCUACACAACUCCUAUGCCACCGCCUCAUCCCAUCCCAUAGCGGACAGCGGGGGGAUUGCUAAGCAAAAGUAUUAUAAAACCCCCCUUUCUCCCUCGAACCCUGGGCGCGCAACGCGUUCUGUGCUUUACAGAAUAUUAUUUAUUAGUAAAAGCGGCAAAUUGGGCGAAUCUCUAUAAACACAUCUCUCUCUCUCUCUCUCCCCCUUUCUCUAUCUCUCUUUGUCUUUCCCUCCAUUGUAACAGUAUGGUGCUUAUGAGAAUUCGAGCAAGGAAUGCUACAGUUCCGACAACAACAAAAAAGAACCGUAGCGCAUAUAUCGUAUAACCUAUUAUUUAGCUACUUACAGUAGAUAUCCUCCAACGGAGGGAACAAAAUUGUAUUAUAACAAUAUACGCCCCCAAUGUACCCGUAUCGCCAGGUGGAAACCACUUGCGCGGGAACAUAUUUAUCUACGUAAUAUCUCACACUCUUGAAUAAUUUUGCAAUAUAUGGAGAAAACAAUCCCCAUUUUUUAUCUGUUACGUAGCUGCACUAGGUUAUCGUAUUGUUUUUUUUUUUAUUAGAAAUUUAAGUUCUUCUCGAAUAAAUUUGUUGGGAGCUUCUUCCUUCUUUUUAUCAUAUCAUUGAGGGCGUCGGGUGAUGGGGUAAAACCGAACAGGAGAAGAGCGUACAGAAGCAAGAGUAUCUUAGUUAAUAGAAGUAGAGACGUGCCAAUACACAUUUUGAGACAGCUUCGGGUUGAAGACGUUGGAAACGCGAAGGGUCUCGGACAUCGUACACACCGAAUCGAUUGUCUUUUUUUUUGUAGGAAUCCUGUCAUGUUACGCUACCAUGCUAUCGAAGAGUAGUUGAAAUUAUUUCUCCUUAUGAUCGCGGACACCUUUUGAAUGUUGAACUUGCUAUUUUUUAUUAUUUUUUUUUAGUUGAUAAGGUGCAUUAACAGCAUUCACUUUUAAAUAGAUAUCUCAUGGGAGUCAUGGGCCAUGGGCCACGGAGUAAAACAACACGUACACACAAACACGCUACCGUAGCUGAUGUUGGCUACAUACACCUAGAGAGAAGAACCGCAACCGACGCAACAGCAUCGUACAAUGUCCAAUUAUGUUAGACAUAUUUAAGAAAUGAAAUAUAUUUUCUUAUAAUAAUAGAACAAUGUUGCC